UUUCGACGUGGCCGCUUUGACUUCGCUUUGACGACGACUACAACCCCUCAGUUUUGUCUGGGCCACAACCCGCCUGGGGCAGUUUAUAAAGCCAUCGACCGUUGUGACGAUACUGUAGUUUCUCUCCCUCCCCACACCCUUCGUCGAUGGCAAUACAUGAUCAUGCCUCGUCAAGUGCCAGCCAGACCGGCAACGAUGGCGACCUGGUUUUGAAGGAGUCGUCCUUUGUGGCUCGACUGCCGCCGGAACUGCUGGAGUGCAUAUUUCGUAUGGCUAUUUCCGACCAGCUCAGACGGCGCGUGGCAUCCGGCGAAGAUCCGCCAGCCGAAGUGUUCCUCCGCCUGCAACUCGUUUGUCAACCCUGGAGACAAGUCAUCAUGUCGUACCCCGGUCUCUGGUCCAAUCUGAAGGUGCCAGCGAAGAUGUCGCCCACCCUGCUGUCAACCUUACUGGAGCGCUCCGCAGCCAUGCCGCUGGAGAUCGCAAUCACCAGCUCAAGUCGCCUCGGCCCCGUCCCUCGCGUCCUCGCAUUGCUCAACGUUCUGGACGCAGAGCUUUAUCGUGUGCGUAGACUCAGAAUCGAGUACAGCAGCGAAGCUUCUGCCCCUGACGCAGUUCUCCAACAUCGCAUCUUUGCCCGCGUCGCUCCUCGCCUAGAGGGGCUGUCCAUAGAAAUCGAUGGGCUUAUUGCCCCUGUAGCACCUGGGAUGCUUCCAGAACAAUUUCAGACCAACGCGCCCGAUUUGCGACGCCUCUGCCUGCGCUGCAUAGUGCCGUGGAUCAAUAACCGAUUCCCGAGUCUCACGCAUCUCUGGCUGAGUCGAGUCCGUCCUGUCCUCCUGACCGACUUCCUUACGUUCAUGGAGGCAUCGCCGAACUUGGCUCACUUCACCCUCGAUACCUCAGGACCUAUUUCGAACCGACGCGGCCGGCCCCGAACAGCGCAGGGCGUGCGCGUGAUUAUGCCUCACUUGCGCACCGUGAGCAUCUGGGGAUGCUCCUGGCGGGUUGCGGCGUGCGUUCUGCAACACCUCGUGCUGCCUGCGACGACCGCAGUGGAGGUGUCGGCCAUGGAGGGCGUAGCCAGCCACGCCCCGCUCUUCGCCCUGCUCCCUCCGCGCAUCGCUUUCCUACAGAACACCGGCCCGCCCACCAAACUGUCUCUGUGGCUGCAUGCCCACAAGAUCUGCGUAUCGUGCGCCGGCCCCACAGGAUCUCUGGAGCUUCAGCUGAGUGCUCAUCGCCGUGCGAGGCUGACCAAUGAGGUACAUAGUGCCUGGGCUACCUCGGUGCUUACGCUGCUCCCGGCAGCACUCGACCUCAGCCAGGUCGAGGAUCUCAGCCUCAUCGCGGACCACCUUGCGCCUGUGCCGACGCGCGUGGUUCAAGGCUUCUUCCUCAAGAUGCGCACAGUGCAAUCUUGUACUCUCUGGAUCGACUCGUCGCUCAACAGACAGUAUUGGACCCGUUGUCUGUCGCCACGGGACACCGCUCCACCAUUCCCUCGUCUCAAACGCCUUCGGUUCGUCGGUCGCUUCGCGAAGACAUGGGUCCCCUCUCAGAUGAUGUCUAUCGUCAUUCGCCGUUCCGAUCAAGGCUGUGACAAGCUGGAAGAACUGGUUUGCACCGCGAUAGAGGACGACGAUAUUGUGCCGGACUUCGUCGGUUGGAACGUGGAUGCCCUCAUGCACGAGCGGCGUCGCAUUCUGGACUACGUCAAUUCAGUACAACUGGAGUCACUCAGGGAAUCACCGAUGCAGGCGUGCAUCAUUGAGUUAUGGGAUGGGACCUGUUGACGAGUAGAAGGAGAUUCACCACUGUACAUGCAAAGUUCAUCAGGAUCGUGUCACUGUCUGGCAAGUUAUCUUGUCAAUGGCAUCCUCGAUACC